AUGAAGAUUACGACUCUGCUCCUCACCACCCUUGCGGGAUCGGGUCUCGCCAUCGCGGCGGCGACAGCUCCCGAGGGAGCUGGCCUAGAGCAACGACAGACAUGUGCCAUCCCCAACGUCGGGUGCUACAGCCAGCGGGACUGCUGCGGUGGUCUGAAGUGCAACUUCAGCGAAAGCUGCUGCAUCGACGGCGGGGACGGGGACGGCUUGGCGGCCCGCGAGAAGAGACAGAAUUGCGGCUGCUGCGUCAAAUAG